UGCUCUCGAUGUGCAUUUUAUCUGCAGAAAACUGAGGCGUCACGCUGUGUUUUAAAGCUCUUCUCCGCGGUUGUGCGGACAGAUGUGUCUGCCAUUACUCGGCGAGCUCACUUCAGUUAGCUCGCAAAGACGAAGCUGUCGCCGUCGCGUUAUGUGCUCAAGUUAUUCGUGCAUAGUCAUCAAGUCCUGCUACUGAAACGGGCUCUGAGGUGAAGCGGUACCAGCCCGUCAAAAGCGGUAGAAGCUUCACUGCGCGUGACCCGUAACGAUAGCGACCAAGCUAACCUGUCAGGCUUGAAGCCGGGCUCAUCUCAUAGCCGGGGCAGACUUUCAUGCUGAAAGCUGCAAUGUUGUGAGGGUGGUGCCCGAUGGAUCAUGGUGGUGAACUUGAGAGGGAGGACAGAGCAAUGUCACAAGUUCAGGUGGGCGUGGCCGACCUCUGCGAUAACCUUCCCAAUCCCGACGCGUUCGCUGGCCAAAUGCGGAAUCUCAACGAGGCGAACGCGCUCGCAGAGACUCUACGCCUCUCUCCUUCACACGAGGAAGAGGAGGCAGGGCCCGUCCAAAAAACCUCCGUCAACGAUAAUGGGAAGCACUCCGAGGAGGAGGGUGGAAAGGAGGGGCACACAGGAAGAGGCAGAGAGGAGGAUGAAGAAGAAGACAUUGAUGAGGUGAUGAAGGAAGAAGAAGAGGAGGAAGAAUCAGAGGAAUCAAGCUUUCUAAUUAGUUGCCAGUCUCCCGAAACUCCAAUGACUGAUUCCUCUUUUUCAGAAACAGGAAGUCUGUUGGAGACUCCGUAUCCCUUCAGCCCUGCGACCAGUCCAGAGCCCACAUCCCCUGCCAUUCCAGAAAUGGCAUUCCUCGCCAGUCAAAUGGAAAUGAGUCGGAUUGAUGUCAAAGUGGACUCUCCCAACGCUGACGUAGUGGCCUCCACCACGGGGUCUUUUGCACAGGGACCCACCUUCACCACGGGGCCUAUAGAUUCUGCCACACUAACUUUAACUUCAGACACGAGCCCACCUGGGCCUCCAUGUGUCACAGAAGCUCCAUGCAAGAUGGCAACAAAUACUAACCUGACGACAGGACACCGUACCUCAUCCACAGAGCCCGUCUUCAUCUCCGGGCCCCCAUGCACAACAUGGUUCCCCUCAACAGCGGAGACAUUUACAGUACCUGCUUGCACCGCGAUGCCCAACACUUCCGUUGCUUCCCCUCCUAUGAGUGCAACAGCAAACCCCCUCACCGUCACCUCAGGGCCGACAACUACUGGCACAGAAUCCAAAAGCACCACAGGACCUAUGACUCCAAGUUGGGAACACGUGUCCUCCACUCCAGAGCCCACUUGUUCUUCCGUCUCCAGCUGCGCCACAGGGCCUAUUCCAAGCCCCGCCCUGCUGGAGUCUCUGGAGGAGUUGGCUCAAAGAGGAGAUGACACUCACCUUCCACAGUACCUUCACCAGAUUGCAGAGGCCUUUGUCCUUCACAAAGACUACCAGCGGGCGUUAUGGUGCAUCCAGCUCGAGCGACUCUACCACCAGAGAGUAUUGGACAACCUGAAUGCACUCCAAGAACAGUGGGGGAGUCAGUGCAGAAGUUCUUUCUUCGACCUGGCAACCCAACAUCUGGACACUCUAAAAAACAUCUGCCAGACGCACAGUCGACCAGGAGCGAGAGAUGCUGUGUGUGCGUCUCUGGACACUUUGAGGUCGACAUUUAAAGAAGGCGGCGCGCUGCCUUUGUGCACGUCAGUCCAUCCGGUUGACGAAGGAUUUGAGCAGAGAGCCCAGGACCCCUCGUGCUAUCAGAGCAGCCGUCCAGUUAUACCUAACAUUACUUUGACCGAUGGGCUUCGCUCCCCUGAGAUCUCAGAAAAGGACGGGUCGGACCCAGACAGGGAAGUAGAGGGCAGGGACUGUUUCCAUGGAGAUCAGCUGACUGAUCAGCACGGCAGCAACAGAGAGCGGGAAGAGGCCGAGGGAGGGGCAGAACACACCAUUUCAGUCAGAGGAAAUGGACUACACCCCUCCACAUCUGGAGAAAUAGAUCAGUCCAAGCCCGCAGAGCAGCAGGGAGGAGAUUUGGGUCCCACACAGGAAAAGGAGGCUAAGGGGGCCGAAGAAGAGAGGGAGGUGAAGGAGGCAGCCCAGGCUUUGGAAAUGGAAGAUGAGGGAGAGGAAGAAGAGGAGGAGGAGAGGCAGAAGGAAGGAGACUCUGCUCUCUGUCAGAAAGCUCUCCCAGUGGAGACUCUGUGCAGUGGGGCAGAUGUUGAGCUCCAACAGCUGGACCCGGAAGCCCUAGCAGAGGAGAAGCUACACGAGGAGACCCAGGAGAGCGCUAAAACUUGUUUGCUCCAGGAUGCCCGCCUUCCUCAAGAGGCUCACAUGAAUCAGCAGGAGCAGGGUGAGGAGGUAAAAGAGGAGGAGGAAGAGGAGAAAGAGGAGGAAGAGGAGGAGGAGGGGGAGGACGAUGAGUACGAUGAGUACGAAGACGAAGAAGAGCAAGUGGACAUCGUCAAAGAAGCUUCCUCACUGGACGGCGGGGCGAAACCCAUCGCUGUAGAGGAGAGGUCCCCUGCCACUGUCCUUGUCUCAAUACUGAAGAGGCGGCAUGUGUGUGUGGACAACAUGGGUGUUUCUGCCAGCUCCGAGACGCCACCUGCCAAAAGACGCGUCCGCUUCAAAGUCCCCGAUGACGGCUACGAGCAGGAUGUUGGCGGUGGGGACUCCUGCCUGCUCCUCUUCCUGCUUUGUCUGGUUACCGUAGUGAUCAGUGUGGGCGGCACCGCUCUCUACUGCACCCUGGGAGAUGACCACUCCUCGGUCUGCCAGGACUUCUCCAGGAAUGCCGACUUCUACAUUGGCCAGAUCCAGAGCGGGGUGGCUCAAGUCCAACGUUGGUUUGCUCAUGGGUCAUAGCAGCGUGCGGCUGGUCAACACUGUGGAGCCACUGGGCCUGACGGUGUGUCACUGCAGGCUCCAGCGGGCCCUGCUGCUCCCUGGGACAAUGUUCCAUGAGCUAAUGGCGCCGGGCAGCUGCUACCGCCCUCGCCGCGAUGUGGAGCAAGCGGCUAUCAUGCUGCCUAAUUGGCGCAACAGUUAUAUCCGAUGCGGUAAGCCAACCACAUCUUUAAUGCUCUUUCGAAUCCAAUCCAAGGGUCCAUUGAGCCUAAAAGUCAGAGGUCAGAGGUCCUUUACGUCACUAUUUUAAAUAGGAGAAGUAGAACAGAGAGAGAAAGAUCACCACUGGUGCAGAAUGGAGACUGUGUAGCAGCAGAAGAAGAAGUGACCGACGCGCCUCUCAAUCCUCUCCAGAUGAUACCGGUUUAACUUCUCAAGGUUCAGAAACCCGCGAUGUGACUCGAGUGACCAGCUGAGCGCCGGCUCCGCACGCUCUGAGGUUUCUGUACCCAGCCCCCCGUGACUGGGAUACAAGCGAUCACCGACUCCUCCAAGAUUCGACUCCCUCAAUUUAGGAAUGAGAACAAAGUUAUAACAGCCGCAACUCACGGAGAUGUAAAAAAAAUUAAAAAAAGUACAUAUAAUGUAUAGAUGGUUAACAGGCGGCACAGAGAUGCUCGCCACACACACACACACACACUGCACACAUGGGAAGUGGCUCAAUGGGGAUUUUACUAACUGCUGCAACCACUAGCGUUGCUUUUAUUGUCCACUUUUUUAAGACUUUAUCACAAAUGAAAUUUUAAAACGAGCAUACCAUUCUGUGGUCUUCUACUUGGAAUGAAAUCAUAAUGUCUUAAUCAACCUUUUGGAUGAAUGUUUGGAGUUUAAUGUUAAACGUUGGUUUUGUGUCACUUGUGGGGCAGUUAUGUAAUAUUAUUAUGUAUUCGUUGAUGCGAGCGUCCUGUCGCUGCCCUUUUCCGGAUCACGUUUUGCGGUGAGCUUACACGGCUGCCACUGGAGACUCCAAACUCCUCCUUCAUGGUGUUCCAUGACUUCGCUUUGUGUAGCAUAUGCAAAAUGUACAGGCACACAGUGCACCUCUGUUUAUAUUGUCAGAAGAAUGUUUGACAUGUUGCACAUAAGACUGGUACGAUGUUUUUUGAAGAUAAUGCAAUAUUUCUACAGGAGUUUUGGGUUGCGUAGCGUAGACUUGAUUUUUAAAACACAAAAUAUCCACAAACUGUCUUCAGGUUCGUCGGGACAAGUUCAUGCCAAUGAACUUCAGUUAUGCACUGUUAUUAACUCGGAACAGAAAAAUACUCAACUCUUAAGCGGGUCUGGCUGCGUAUGGAAUAUUUCUGUAAAAAAAGAAGAUACAUGAGAAUUGUACAGUUAGUUUAGGAAGCAGUAAUUAUUCCGUGUACUCUCAGUACAGGCCUUGAUGUCAAUGGGAUCACGUGAAGCUCUUGUCUGCCUGCGGUGCGUUUGCUGUUCUUGGGGAUUAUGGGCGUCGCCCCUUCAGUGUGGGAUUGUCGCCGUUUACCCGUUUUGUUUGUUUCCAGAAUGAUUCUGAGAACUAAGAAUGAUUUUUGCCACCACUUGGUCUCCUGAAAGACUCACCUGGUGACCGUUCAUGUUCAACAGAUCUUAAUAUGUGACAUCUGCUGAGGAAUGUUUCUGUGUGGAGAACUGAUUUCCUAAUGAGAGACAAAGAAAGACGGUUCCGGAAACACUUUGUCUCUGAAACCAGCUUCGAGCAAACUAUCGGUUUGAUCUCCACUUCUCGUCUCAUCCGUACUUUUUAUGUGUCAUUUCAACAUAUUGCAAUGUUUCGUGUGCGGUAAAUUGUCUUUCCUUUGGAUUCCGUGAAACUUACCCAAAACCCACCCAUCUCACAAAAGUCUUAUUUGUCAGGAUGUAAAGGAAAUCCAUUAAAAGAGGAGAUAUUCAA